ACAGAGAAGCGUAAAUCCAGAGAGAGAAACCGCGUCAGUUUAUAGACAGAGAGAAGACUCGGAUUUCGGAGGGCGACGACCGAAGACACACAAUCGGGUUUUUGGAUCGUGCGACGCGCUGGACGUUCUGAGUUUCUCGACGGGUUUUCUUCCAUGCUGCUACUCUUAUGAUUUUGGUCAUCACUCUUUGUUUCAAAUUUUGAUGUGAACGGAUUUCUCCAUCUCCUCUGGUUGAUUGAUAUUUAAAAGACGUGUUGUUCCACUCGGAUGCUCUCAGCGCAAUACAGGUGGCGACGACAUACCUACAGAUCAAAUGCCAUCUAUAAAAAUGAAAGCCAAGUUAGCCAAAGAUCGUUCAAAAGGAAAACAUGGUCUCCAUAGAUGCUGCAAGUCAAGCUUGAUAUCCAAGAGUCUUUAUUCUCAUUCUAGAGUUUGUCAAAACGCUGAUAAAUCUUCUACAUGUACUCCAUGCAAUCAAGAUGGAGAGGCUUCAGUUUAUGAUGAAAUAUGUGUCCUAGACCUUGGUGGGAAUGAGACUGUCUUUGAUGAGUCAUCCAAUGAGGAGAAUCUUUUCCUGAAGCAUCCCCUAAGUGUAGAAGAUUUUUCUACUGUAGACAGUAUGGAACCCACAUUUUACAGCUGCACCACAAACAUAGAGACAAUCUUUUCUCCCAUCUCGGAGUCUACAGAUCUCAACAAUAAUGAAGGAAGUGACAAUUUUUAUGUGCCACAAUUGGACAGUGAAGACAGUGAUGAUUGCAGCAGAUCAUCAGACUUAUAUGUUUCUGACAUGAUUUUUUCUGCUCCAUCCAAUGGGAGCAGUUCUGUAAUAGAUGAUGAAACAAAUGCAGUGUUUCCACUUGAUUUUCGUUGUGGUGAUUCAGCCUUAUACUGUGAUUUGAUGAAAGAAUACAUGACAUUGCCCUUUUCUGAGAAUGCUCUGGACACUGGAAGCGACCAUGAUGGCAGGCCAUCUGAAGAGAACUUUGUCAAUGUUGACAACUCUAGCUUGUACACGAUGAUUCAUCAGUUGAGACCUAAUGAACCAGAUUCUGACAUGAUUCCUUACCCCGACCAAGAGUAUGAGGGCUUUGAUCCGCAAGUGUAUAUAAGAAAUCUUCCCGAUCAGCACGACAUAGGAUCUAUUUUGUCGCCAAAUUCAAUACCAAACAAAAAGCAAGAUAAUAAACAGAUUACGCUAGUACUUGAUUUAGAUGAAACGCUUGUGCACUCUACCUUGGACCAGUGUGAUGAUGCGGACUUCACAUUUCCAGUGUUCUUCAACAUGAAAGAACAUACUGUGUACGUGAAAAAAAGGCCUCACCUUCAGACUUUUCUAAAAAGAGUGGCUGAGAUGUUUGAAAUUGUGGUAUUCACUGCUAGUCAAAGCAUCUAUGCAGAACAACUUCUAGAUAUCAUUGAUCCCGAUGGGAAGUUUAUAUCAAGACGAGCGUAUCGUGAAUCAUGCAUAUUUUCAGAAGGAAGUUACAUGAAAGAUUUAACCGUGUUAGGUGUUGAUCUGGCAAAAGUUGCCAUAAUUGAUAAUUCUCCACAGGUUUUCAGGUUGCAAGUUAAUAAUGGGAUUCCUAUCAGAAGUUGGUUUGAUGAUCCCUCAGAUUGUGCUCUAAUUUCAUUACUUCCAUUUUUGGAGACCUUGGUUGAUGCAGAAGAUGUGAGGCCCAUCAUUGCUAGGAAAUUUGGUAACAAGGAAUAAGUGUUCCUUGACUAUUCUUUGACUAGAUUUUUAAUUACUCUAUUACAUCCUUUUUUUCAAGUCAAAAUUUGUCUUCAUUUUUAGAUGCAUAUCAUCCUUACUGAGGCUUGGUUAAGGCAUAAAAAAUUUGAAUCACUAUUCUUGUUUUCAGUCCAAUUAUCAUCAUUCCGAUAUGGCCUUUUAAGAACCUUGUUAGUUGAUCAAGUUAGUUUCUAGUUCCAAGGCUCCUGCUUGUGCUGUAUAGUAAUAGGCUAUUGUUAGGUCUUUGCGAGUGUGUAUAUGAUUUGAUCUAUGAAAUAAAGUGUGAUAUAAUUUUAAUUUA